GAUUAUUUUUCCGCGCUGAGUGAUCGGCCGCAACCCUUUCCCAACAAAAACAACACAAUCGAGAGAAAUCCUUCAAAGAAACAAGCGCAGCGCUGCCUCGUUUGACGAGAGAGCCUCUGGCUCGGAUAUAUUUUUGUCAUCUAUAUCCUUCAGGAGGAGGCGAAUGCGUGGAUAAUUUUAAUUUUGGCACCUUUCUCCCCAAACUCUAUUUCGGGUGCCGAAUGUAUAAAAUCGACCGUUUCGCUCGCACCCAGCCGAGACACAAAGCCCGUCACGACUUCCGAUGACAUUUCGAGCUGAAAAAUUGCAUCCUUGUGGGCCGCGACCUGCCCGGUGCUCUGAUUUCUUUCUCACCCAACCUUGGACGCGACGAGAGAUGCGGCCGCUGAGCGCCGCCCGAUGAGCGACGCAGGAUAUUGCAUCAAAAAUAUUUAUUUUUGUUUAUGCUGUUAGCCGAGGGAAUUCAACAACGCUUCGGUUGAUAGUAAAAGGAGGCGCGAUGAGUAGCGUAUGCAUGUAUUUACGGACGCCGGGCUGCGUGUGAAUUAUUGGCACGCUGCCCGGCCUGUGUAUCCCACAAUGGCCAACUAGCUCGCGCGCCCCGACAGCACGCUCGCGGGAUGCUGUUUGCGUGCUGAUCCAGUUCUUUCUCGUAAGACCAUUAAGUCAACCGGUGGAAACACACGCUGGCCGCAGCCCUCGAUGAGCAGUCAACCCUCAGGUACGGAUACGCCGUCUUGAACGCAGCAGACACACGGUGCUCAACGACUCGUAUGGAGACCAGAGGUACUUUGACAUGUCGUCACAUAUACAGAAAGUGGCGAAGAAAGCUUUUCCAAAAGUGGUUGGCAAUAACAAUAAGGGUGACAGUAGCAUCAUGAUAGAGGCGCCUUCCAGCGAAUCUAAUUCUGAAUAUUCGGAGCUCGAGGAGUUGGAGGCACCGCCAAGUUACAGACCAGAUAGUUUGGAGGCCUUAUGCAAAGCGACCAGAUUUUCGGAGCCUGAAUUGAAGAGGAUAUACCGCGGCUUCAAGGCCGAGUGUCCGUCCGGAGUUGUCAGGGAGGACACUUUCAAGGGUAUCUACUCGCAGUUCUUUCCCCAAGGAGCCAACACCAGUCAAUACGCGCAUUACGUUUUCAACACGCUGGACCACGACCACAGUGGGCUGCUUAGUUUUGAGGAUUUUGUUCUUGGACUGUCCACUUUGUCUCGGGGAUCCUUGGAAGAAAAAUUGCGCUGGACAUUUGGGCUGUACGACAUCAACGGAGAUGGAUGCAUCACCAGGGAUGAGAUGACUGACAUUGUGACGGCAGUGUACGAUCUCAUGGGCAAGUUCACUGAUCCAUUCGUCGAUGAUGCUGUGAUUAAAGAAAAAGUCGAUAGAAUAUUCCAGAAAAUGGACCAGAACCAUGACGGUGUAGUGACGCUAGAUGAGUUUUUGGCCUGCUGCACCCAAGACGAGGCCAUUUCCCAUUCCAUGUGUGUGUUUGACUCCUCCAUUUGACCCACGACCACGAUGACCAAAUCAUCCACUUGGUGAAUGCAGCAGAGUGUUCACAGUAUGACAUUUGCAAGAAAUGAGUUCGCAAUCUCGUCAGAAUAACUUACUCGUGUGUACUUUUAACAAACAAAAACUUUGUGCCACCGACUGCUGUACCCGUGUGCUUUACUACAAUUGAAUUUUCAAUGUGUACGGAAAGAAUUUUGAAUAUGAGAACACUUUUUGGCCUCAUUGUACCCUCUUGCAUCGUAUAUUGCCAAGUAUAUACAGAUUGUAUGCAUUAUUAUUAUAAUGUUGUGUUACAUUGCAUUGAGGUUUCGCCACGAUUGAUUGAAUACAGAUGAUAAUAUCUAUUUGUAAGGCGCAAUAUUCCUAAAAAUAUACUUGCCACUUGAUAUUUCUUAUCUGGUCGUUUCAUUUCGCACUCACAAUAAAAAACAGAGUGAUACAUGUUAAUAUGCUAAUUUAUUAGAAACAAAAUAAACCAAUGUACACAAGAUGAAAUGAAUCGAUUGAUUAUCCUCUUUUCUUACAGAAAAUUAACUUACAAUUUACUACCAAGUUGAGAAGGAAAUCAUGAAUAGAACCAAUUAUUAUCAAUUGAACUGGUGCAUUUGCUAUUUUAUAUUGAUUUUUAGACUUUUCAUUAAUAAAAUGCAAUAGAAAAUUUCACUUAGGAACUAACAAUUAUUACAAUCCUUUCAUGCCAUUACAAAUUCAGAGAGCCGCCUGAUUAGUGUUACUUUUUUAUGUGAAUAUAUAAUGAAUUGUCUCAUCUACUCUGUAUUUAAGAGAAAAAUAUUAUAUUUUGUUACCACUACAAAUUCAGCCUUCAUUAUGCUUCAUAUUUAUGUCUUCAGAUUUUUCGGCUAAGGAUUGAACUAAACUGCUUGUCUGUUGGUUUUCAAGUCCGGGAGAAAGUCAAAUAAACGCUUUUGGACCCUAGUGAGCUACGUUUUGGAUAGUUGUAUUUAACCAGGCAGUGGGUAAAUCAUGCAUUUUAUAAUGUGUGGCGGUUUAGUCCUAAUACUGCAGCUCUGGUUAAGUGUUCCAUCAGCCGCAGCAGAUAAGUACGGAAAGAAAAGUCUCUUUACUAACUUUUCCACAGCUACCAAUGGGAGUAAAGAUGAGUAUAUAUGUUAAAUAUUUGUUGGAUUUUUAAGUUGUCAAUGUUUUUUUCGCUAACACAUAUGACAAUCAGGUGAUAUUUGAAAAACGCUCUCGUAAAUUUGUUAAAUCACUAAGACGCUAAACACCGUGAGACUUUGCAGAAAUUAAUAACAGUUGCAUGAAGGCAAAGAACGAUAUAAUUUGAAUAAUUUUGCUACCCAUCAAAAGUGAAGAUGAAAAGCAUCAGCAUGCAAUUUGUUUGUUGUUGCGUAUCUUUUUUAUCAAGCAAUCCAGCCAUCAAUAUUCGUUUCAAGCUACAAGAUUUCUUCUCUUUUUGUACUUUUAAUUCAUACUUUUUCAAGUUUUU